AUACAAGUUUACAAUCGGUCUUUUAUCUUAUUUGCGUGUAUAACUUAUUUUAGGUGUUAUUUUAUUACUGUGCAGGGUAGUAAUAUAUUUAUAAAACUUCUUGGCCAACCAUCAUUUAGAAACCAACAACGUUCACUCGGAAGUGAUGUUUGUGUCGAGAGUCUACAUAAUAAGCCACAACAAACUACCUUCAUUAAAAUGUACAUAAUCAGCCACAACAACUACCUUCAUUAAAAUGGACGGCAGUAUAAGUAGUCAGCUCAGCCAGUAUUUUGAUCAGUUGUUGGGAGAUGCAUCAGUAAAUUGCCAAACCAAUUCAUCAAAAAGAACUGAAAUUAAGAGGAACACUAAAGAGAAAAAUGUUGGGGAUGGUAGGGUGGAAAUUGAGUAUCAAGAACCUUUAAUUCCAAGUGAAAAGAAGAUGAAAGAAGACGCGAUGGGUGGUAUUUCCGGAAGAAACAGAAAAAUACAAACAAACAUCUUAGCGUUAGUGGAAGCUCCAGAUAUUACACUCGUGAAGAAAUUACCCAAAGGAAGAGAAAACCAAAGAAAUAACAAUGGUACAAAGAAAAUUGAGAGAACACACAAUACCCGCAAAGCACAGAAAAAGCGUAAAGAAGAUCGAGAGCAGACAAACACCGUGGCUGAAAAAAGAGCGACAGACGACGGCUUUAAGAUCGUGUCCGAGAUCCCCGAUGACGACUCCGAUAUAUCAGAUGCUUUUGAAUAUAACAGUGAGGAGGGUGAAGGAAACACAGAUAUUAAUUACAAUCAAGAUAGUCAAAAAGGGAAAAGAGAUGAUGUUCAUACUAACUCAAGUAAGACAAAAACAACUGAAGAUGGAUUCAAAGUAGUUACAGAAAUUCCCUCCGAUGACAGCGAUGUUAGUGAUGCUUUUGAUGAUGAAGACUUUGAAGAUACAAACCAAGACUUGGUGGUCAAAGGAACACAUUUCAAUGGACAGAAAAGUAUUAAAAAACCCAUUCUUCAAAUAAUGGAUGAUUUUGGCUUUGACGGCAAUAUUCUGUUCGAGAAAUGGAAGCAAACCCCAAAAGAAACAAAUAAGUGCUGUAAAAAGGUAAAAUAUAAGAAAGGAGCUUCAAUCACCUUGGCUGAGGCAGCCAGAAGGAACCAGCCAAAAGAGGACUUGGUAAUACUGGACUAUGCCAAAAAAAGAGGAACAAACAAAAGGAAAAAAGUUGAACCCAAGGAAGAGGAGGAAGAAGAUAACAACACCAUUGACCAAGUUAAUCAACUACCAUCUCAAAAAGUUCUUGAUGAGAAGGAGUUAAAACGUGUAAGGUAUGACGUCUUCAAGUUGGGGAUGAGCGGCUUUAACAAAGAGAAGAUACAGGACACAAGACUGGCUCUGGCUAUUAAACUGGGAGCUAAACCGCCAAAGAAUAAGGCAAUAAAUUAUAAGGAUCUUCUUAAAAUGAAAAAAGAAGAAAAACAAAAGAUGUUGGAGGAAGAAGCAAUGACUGGGCGGACAGGACAGAAGAUAAUGAAACCUACAAAGAAAAAAUCGAGAGAUACUAACAGUGACAGAGGCUUCACUCCACAAGUUGGCACCUUCAAGAAUGGUGUUCAGGUGCUGUCAAAAAAAGAUUUGGCCAAAAUCAAUGCUUCAUAAGUAAUUUUUAUCUAAUACUUUAUUAUGUUUAAAUAAAAUGGUAGUUGAG